GCGGUACUUCCGUUCUCAUUCGCAGGUGUUUUCUGGCCGGCCGACUCAACUGCUCUGGAGGAUCGCGCGCGACUGAGCAGGUCCCUCUGGAGAAGCCAUGACCCGGUGGGCACGAGUUACCACUACAGGUAGCAAGAGACCACUUGCAGCCACAGCAUGGGAGGACAUGAAGGAGGGGUCCCCGCAGGGGAGGCGCUCAAAGCGUCAAGAACCUGGAGCCAGUAGACUGUCCCUUCAAAAUGACACACCCCAAGCAAAACAUAAAAAGAACAAAAAGAAAAAAGAGUACUUAAAUGAAGAUGUGAAUGGAUUCAUGGAAUACCUGAGACAGAACUCACAGAUGGCUCCCACUGGGGAAGUGAUAGCCACAGACAGCCCGGAAAUGAGAGAAGAGAUUGCAGUUGCUUUAAAGAAAGACAGUCGUCGGGAAGGAAGACGAUUGAAAAGACAAGCAGCCAAGAAAAAUGCAAUGGUGUGUUUUCAUUGUAGAAAACCUGGCCAUGGAGUUGCUGAUUGCCCCGCUGCCCUUGAAAACCAAGACAUGGGCACUGGGAUAUGUUACCGGUGUGGGUCCACAGAGCAUGAAAUAACGAAGUGCAGAGCUAAAGUGGACCCAGCUCUUGGUGAAUUUCCUUUUGCAAAAUGCUUUGUUUGCGGGGAAAUGGGGCACCUGUCUCGGUCUUGUCCUGACAAUCCCAAAGGACUUUACGCUGAUGGUGGUGGCUGCAAACUUUGUGGCUCUGUGGAACAUCUGAAGAAAGAUUGCCCUGAAGGUCAGCGUUUGGAUAGGAUGGUCACUGUCGGCCGCUGGGCAAAGGGAAUGAGUGCAGACUAUGAAGAAGUUUUGGAUGCACCUAAAAUGCAGAAACCCAAAACAAAGAUACCUAAGGUUGUUAAUUUUUAGUAAUGAUUGAUGCUGUUAUUAAUUGCCGCCUCAUUAUUUUCCAAGCUGGGGCUACUUUACAGGUCUGAGCUGCGCUCCCUCCGUGUUGAGCCUUUUUGUAGAUACUGCACUGAUCUACACGGAGUCACAACCAGUGUGCUGGUCUCUGUCCAGCAGUAGUGCUUCUGUUGUUUGGCGAAGUCCCUGGGGAAAAGUGAGAUGAUUGAAGUGGGUUCCCUAAAAGGACCUCUUUGAACAGAUGGAACUUAGUCAUAACUAAGUUGUUAUACACCUGAUUGUAACAGUCAUCUUUUUAAAAAGCAAGAUUAUGCAUUAAAGUGAAUUAUCCUUACACAAAGCCUUCUGCUUUGCAUUUGUAAAUGAAUUUCUGGUUUAUACUAUUCUUUUGGUUCAAAAUAGCAAUUUAUUAUUACGGUAGAAGUUUAUUUAUAAGUUGCUACAAAAUCUGUACUUUUAAAAUACUGGAUAAAAUGCACUGACUCUUUGCUUGUAUUUCUCAGUACCUGAGUCUAGAAUAAACUGUCCCUGUGUAUUGAUAUGUAUAUAACACUCUGUUUGGAAAGGUGUCUUACGAAUCCUAGCUGGGGUAAACUAGGAUUUUGCUUAAUUCUUGUUUUAGUUUUGAUAUUAAAAGAUUUUGUAAAAAUAAAAUGAAAUCUCAGCAGCA